CCAGGCGGCCGCGGCGUCUUCUGCCGGAGUAGGAGUGCGGCUGUCGGCGGAUCCCCAGGAGGCACUUUCUCGCCAUGGCACGCUGCUGCACCGCGUUUCGAGCGGCCGUGGGGCUGGCCAUCACCGGCCUCCUGUGCCUCGGCUUCGGGGUCUUCUUGGUCGUCAUGCUGCCUGCCAUCAUGGAGGAGCAGGUGGUCAAGAAUGUGCGCCUUGAUCCCAGUGGCAUGGCAUUCAACUUGUGGAAAGACCUCCCGGUGCCAUUUUUCUUUUCAGUCUAUUUAUUUGAGGUGCUGAAUCCACAGGAAGUUCUUCUCGGAGGAAAGCCGGUAGUGACCCAACGUGGCCCUUAUGUAUACAGGGAGUACAGAGAGAAAACAAACAUAACUUUCCAUGACAAUGAUACAAUCUCCUUCUUAGAGUAUCGGAGUUUCUACUUUCAGCCAGAGCUGUCAAUUGGGUUAGAAUCUGACUACAUUGUCAUACCAAACAUCUUGGUGUCGGCUGCAGCGGUCAUGUUGGAGGACAUGCCGCGGGGCAUUCGGCUGUUUGUCAGCGCCACUUUUGCUGCCUUUGGACAGGGUGCUUUUGUGAACCGGACGGUGGGAGAAAUCUUGUGGGGUUACGAUGAGCCGCUCAUUGACUUCCUGAACAGCAUCAAGCCUGGCUUACUUCCCUUCAAAGGGAAAUUUGGCUUGUUUGCUGACUUCAACAAUUCAAAUACGGGGCUGUUCACGGUGUACACAGGCAUGGAGAACAUCAGCAAAGUCCAUAUGAUAGAUUCUUGGAAUGGACUGAAAGAGGUGUCCUACUGGAACUCUGAUCAAUGCAACAUGAUCAAUGGGACGGCUGGACAGAUCUGGCCUCCAUUUAUGACCCCUUCCUCACCUGUGGAAUUGUACAGCCCUGAUGCCUGCAGGUCCAUGAAAUUAAACUACAGUAGAUCCGGGGACUUCAAGGGAAUACCAACGCUGCGUUACGUGGCUCCAAAGAACUUAUUUGACAAUGGUACAGACUAUCCUCCCAACGAAGGCUUCUGUCCGUGCCGCCAGUCUGGAAUCCAGAAUGUCAGCAGCUGUCGAUUAAAUGCACCAGUAUUCUUGUCCCAUCCACACUUCCUGAAUGCUGACCCAGAACUGUUAGAGACAGUGGAUGGCUUGCAUCCCAACGAAGAGCAGCAUGGGCUUUUUGUGGAUCUGCACUCGUUGACUGGCAUUCCUAUGAAUUGCUCCAUCAAGUUGCAGCUCAAUCUUUUUAUGAAGAAAGUCCCCGGCAUUUGGCAAACGGGGUCAAUCAAGACAGUCGUGUUACCUCUCAUUUGGUUCUCAGAGAGCGGAGAGAUCGAAGGUGAUGUACUCACAAUGUACCGUACCUUUAUGGUGACUCUCCCCACAGUGCUGAGCUAUGUUCAGUAUAUCCUGGUCGCCCUGGGACUUUUCCUGCUUGUGCCUGCAACUCUUCUUGGGCUCAAGAGCAAGACAUUGAAAGAUGGGCCCACUGAGAUGCGGACCCAGUCUGCCACAAAAUUUUCUAAUCCUGGAUCCGGCCCUGGCUAUAAGUAUCAGGGUCCACAGAGAGAUGCUCAAGCAAAGACUCCACAGAUGCCAAAUCUACCAAGUGGCCAAAUUCAGGAUUCGGAAACUGCUCCUCUUCUGCAAAAGGACUUAAACACAGUUCACUCCAGCAUUUUUUCCUGAUACUUGAUACCUCUGUUCUUCUUUGCCAAGGAUCCUUAAUGACCUUUUACCAAUAUAUGUAGCCUGGGUGUGGGUGGGCCCAGCAGAACAAACUCAGGUGUAUUUCCACCUGACUCUGGAAGAGUGAUAGGUGCACAUGGUUCUUCUCUUCUUACACUACAGUAGCUUUCCUGAAAGCUCACCCUUUUGAAAAAGUAAAGGUGGUUAUCUCCAUGCCCUGAGAUUUUAGUGCCUUCACUCCCACAGCACCACCUUCCCAUUACAACCUAUCAAAAGUUUCACGUAAGAAUUAAAAUUGGGUGGGUUUGGAGAGCAGGAUGGAAUUUGCAUCUGUGGAAGCUACAUAGGUAAGAUGUCAGAGUCUCCCUCUGAUUUUACCCUAAGCACAACAUUUUGCACUCCACAAGCAAUUAAAUGCUGUUGUCAUUUUUGUAUGUUUAAACCCAGCUGGAAACAUGAUGCAUUCUUCCUUGCUUGUGCACACACAAACUACACUUGUUUUACAGUGCAGAGCAUUACAGGAGAAACACUCAGUUCUUCUUCACAUCAGGGCUGCUGAGGGUUGUAACACUUGGUGCUAUUUUGGGGGUGACAGAAGGGAAAGUGCCUUUAACUUAAGAUUAUUCUGGGGACCAAAGCGGCACACCACCACCAAAGUGUUUCCAGUUUCAGACUUCUAAGACUUGCCACCUUAUCCCAGCUUUGUUACUGGAAAGGACCUGUUUUUAGCAACUGUUGCCAAACACCAUUUCAUCAUAUUUCCCAUGCCAUAGUAUACAGAGAAUAUUCCAGAUGUGUGUCUUUUUUCAAGAGAAAAAUUAAAGUACUCUGAGUCUUUCAUUAA